AGGAAGUGACUCGGAACAGGAAGAGAGGGGGGGAAAAAAAUUCCCGUCGGCAGCGCCAACCGCCACCGGGACCAGCCGCCGCCGCCGCCGCCAUGAACAGCAAAGGCCAGUAUCCGACCCAGCCGACGUACCCCGUGCAGCCUCCCGGCAACCCCGUGUACCCCCAGACCGUGCACCUCCCCCAAGCGCCGCCGUACACCGACGCCCCGCCUGCCUACUCGGAGCUGUACCGCCCGAGCUUCGUGCACCCGGGGGCCGCCCCCGUCCCCACCGUGUCGGCGGCCUACCCCGGCGCCUCCCUCUACCUCCCCAUGGCCCAGUCCGUGGCCGUCGGGCCCCUGGGCUCCUCGGUGCCCAUGGCCUAUUACCCGGUGGGCCCCGUGUACCCGCCGGGAUCCACGGUGCUGGUGGACGGCGGGUACGACGCCGGAGCGAGAUUCGGAGCGGGCGCCUCGGCCGGGAGCAUCCCCCCUCCGCCCCCCGGCUGCCCCCCGAACGCGGCCCAGCUGGCCGUCAUGCAGGGGGCCAACGUCCUGGUCACCCAGCGCAAGGGCAACUUCUUCGUGAGCGGCUCGGACGGGGGCUACACCAUCUGGUGAGGGCGGCGGCGGCCCGGCGCAAGGAACGACGGCCCCCUGCCCCUCUUCCCGCCCCCUCCCCGCCCUCCCCCCCGCCCUUCUCACACUGUAACUGCUUUAGUCCUAUUAACCGGAGGUCGCGGGAUAGGCUCGGCCGGUGGGGGGGCGGGGGGGCUCGGGCACUUCGUCCGACCGACUGAGGAUCCGGCUGUCACGCCAGCGGCGGGCCCCGGGGGUUGGGGGCGGCGGAGGCGGGCGGAAACGCCACCCCCCCCUCCCCCCCCCCGGCUUCUCCGUCGGCUCCCGGGCACCAGGCGGGCUUUGGCCCCAAGCCCCGACGUGAGAGUACGUCGCCACUCUGCUCCUUGAAGCAAUGAAACUCCGCUCCAACCGGCCCGCGCCUCCCCAACGCCCGAUUCCUAGUCCGCAGUGGUUCCCGCCACCCCCCGUCCCACCUUCUCCCCCCCCCCCCGACCCUGCCGCCGCCUCCCCCUCGCACGGCAAAGCCAGUCAGACCCUCCCCCCAAGACACAUCGCACCCCCACCGUGCCACCUCAGAGUCUCUGACCGCCCCCGAGAGCACCCCCCGCCUCCCCGUGCCCCCGACUAGAGCCCGCCAAAAUCCGCAUUCGCUUCUGGGUGUCGUCCUCCCCCGCUCGGCCCCGGGAAGAGGUGAGAGCCCAGGGAAGAGACGUCCCUUCUCCUCACCCCCCACCCCCAAACAGCCCCGGCUUCAUCUGCCCUCAGGACUUCCUCAGCUUAAGCUUUGGUGCCAACGAACAGCUGGGCCUUCGCCACCAGCCCCCGCCGAACCCGUAAACUGAAGGGUUAAAAAGCGGGGGGUCGGCGGGGGAGGGUCCGGAGCCCCGGGGGGUGACCCGUCCGGGGUGGGGGGUG